GGCGCGGCCGGGUCCUCCUCGAUCCCGUGGUGCUUCGCGUGCGCCCUCAGUCUCUUCCGGUCGCGGGCAGCCGGGGCACAGAGGGCGGUCGCGGCGGGCAGCGGCGGGCGGCAGCGGCAGAAUGUUGGCUACCAGAGUGUUUAGCCUAAUUGGCAAGCGAGCAGUUUCCACCUCAGUGUGUGUACGAGCACAUGGAAGCGUCGUGAAGAGUGAAGACUAUGCUCUCCCGAGUUACGUCGACCGGCGUGACUAUCCCCUGCCCGAUGUGGCCCACGUCAAGAACCUCUCUGCUAGCCAGAAGGCCUUGAAAGAGAAGGAGAAGGCUCCCUGGAGCAGUCUCUCCAUUGAUGAAAAAGUUGAAUUAUACCGCAUGAAGUUCAACGAGAGCUUUGCUGAAAUGAACAGGAGCACGAAUGAAUGGAAGACGGUUGUGGGCACCGCCAUGUUCUUCCUCGGCUUCACUGCUCUCAUUCUGAUUUGGGAGAAGCACUAUGUGUACGGCCCCGUCCCGCACACCUUUGAAGAGGAUUGGGUGGCCAAGCAGACCAAGAGGAUGCUCGACAUGAAGGUCAGCCCGAUUCAGGGCUUCUCAGCCAAGUGGGACUACGACAAGAACGAGUGGAAGAAAUAGAGGAGCGCACCACUCCCCCAUCUGAGCCUCACCUUGCUCUGCCAGAUCCACACAGCUCAGCAUCUUCACUGGAAACCGUUAUGUUGCGUCACCAGUGCUAAUAAAUGAGCAGCUUACGUGAA